AUGGAUCGUCGACGUUUUUUAACCAUUGGGGAAAUAGAAUCCUACAUAAAUACUUCGAGCAGUGAGGAUGAAGGCAAAGUAGUUUCAGCUAAACGAAUGCAAAUUGUUAAGCCUAUUUCGAAAAAAAUAACUUCUGUCGUAUAUAUUCCACCAGCAGAUGUUGAUGCUGUAAGUGACGAAGAACUUAUUGACGAUAAUGAGAUGAUAACAGAGGUACCAGCUAUGACGGAUGUUUGUGGAGAGUUGGAGGUCGAACAUGAAUCAGAUGUGGAAGUUUUUGCGUCGCCGCCGUCAUGCUUAGUUGAAAUACCUGAUGAUGGACCAUCCAGUUCUGCAAAAACAACUAGGUACGCAGCAGAAAAAGAUUUCGGAUACAAUGCCUCGAAGAGCCAAUUAGCCUCUGUUAGAAUAAUCCGCAAAUACUCAUGGGAUACAUUUGGUCACAUUGGCUUACACUUCAUUAUUUUAAUAAUUCUAACUUGCCGUAUAGGAUGGUUUCAUUGUUCACCUGAUGGACGUGCGACUUGUCGCUCGGUGCCUGGAUUAACUAAGGAUCAACUUGAACUUUGCUAUAAAGCCAGUGAUGUAGCAAAUGCAGCCCUUGAGGGUCUCGGUAUGGCGAUUCGUGAAUGCCAAUUACAGUUUCUAUGGCAUCGUUGGAAUUGCUCAUCCCUUAGCACAAAAAUUCGCAACCCACAUGUGUCAAAUCUUCUUAAAAAAGGAUACAGAGAAAGUGCAUUUGCAUUUGCGAUCUCGGCAGCAGGUGUAGCCCACAAUGUUGCCCGGGCUUGUAGCCAAGGUCGAUUGGUAUCUUGCGGUUGUGAUCCUUCAAUCAAUCGCAAAACGCUGAGUAAAAAUCUUCGAAGAAGCCUUGAUAAAGAAAAAAAGCUGUUUCUUCAGUACUUAGAAACAAAUCAAAUACUCACACCCGAAGAAGAAAAAAAACACGAACGUGCGAAAAUCACCAGCCGUUGGAAAUGGGGAGGUUGUUCCCAUAAUAUGGACUUCGGCGUUGAAUUUUCUAAAUUAUUUUUGGAUUGUCGGGAAAAAGCCGGAGAUGUUCAAUCAAAAAUUAACCUACAUAAUAACAAUGCUGGAAGGAUUGCCGUUUCUAACAACAUGGAGUUGCGAUGUAAAUGUCAUGGAAUGUCCGGCAGUUGCCAAUUGAAAACAUGCUGGAAAUCUGCGCCUAACUUUCACAUAGUAGGCAAAGUCCUAAAACAUCAGUUUCGACGAGCUAUAUUAGUUGACCAAUCGAACUUUGGAAAUGGAGAACCGAUUGUCGUACUAAAGCGUUCACGCAAUAAAAAGCUUAAUUCAGCUAAAAAAAUCGAACGAGUAGACGAACGGGAAGGCAAUGACCGGCCUAUUCGUAAAACAAAGACGAAUAAACAUGAAGAAAGGUCAGCAGGGUCGCUCGAAACAUCAUUAUUUUAUUACCAAAGAUCACCGAAUUUUUGUGAACGAGACUUGACCGCAGAUAUUCAAGGUACAUCGGGACGAAGGUGCAAUCUAAACAGUACUGUCAGCGACGGUUGCACAUCAUUGUGUUGUGGCCGCGGUUACAGUUUGGUAAAGGAGGAGCGGGCUGAGCGUUGCCAUUGCAAGUUUCACUGGUGCUGCAACGUAGAAUGCGAAGAAUGUCAAGUUGAAGAAUGGAUAAGUGUUUGCAAUUAACAUUUGUUCAACUUAAUGUUUUUUUGCACAAAGAAA